AUGGCGCCGCUGCACUUCCUGGUCGUCGCGUUCCCGGGCCAGGGCCACAUCAACCCGGCGCGCGCUCUGGCGGAGCGCCUCGCGCGGGCCACGCCGGGCGCGCGGGUCACGCUCUCAGCCGCCGUGUCGGCGCACAGGCGCAUGUUCCCCUCGCUGGCGUCCCCCGACGACGAGGUCUACGACGGCGCCAUCUCCUACAUCCCGUACUCGGACGGCUACGACCACGGCUUCAGCCUCUUCGCCGGCGACGGGGAAGAAGCGGAGCGGUACACGGAGGUGUUCGGCCGCGUCGGCCGCGAGACCUUCUCGGCGGUGCUGGACCGCCUCGCGGCGCGGGGUCGGCCCGUAACGUGCGUCGUAUACGCCAUGCUCAUGUGGUGGGCCGCCGAGGUUGCCCGUGAGCGCGGCCUGCCCCGGGCGCUCUACUGGAUCCAGCCGGCCACGAUGCUGGCCGUGUACUACCACUACUUCCAUGGGUACGAGAGGCUCGUCACGGAGCAUGCUGCCGAGCCGGGAUUCAUGGUGUCCAUCCCGGGCCUUCCACCCAUGGCGAUCCGUGACCUCCCAAGCUUCUUCAGCAACCUCGCCGACGGAAGGAUAGUUGCGGCGUUCCGGGACAUCCGCAGGACGUUCCAGCAGCUGGACCUGGACGUCGACAGUAGCAGCAGCGCUGGAGGAAGCAGACGAGCCAUGGUGCUCGUGAACACCGUCGAAGAAUUAGAGGCCGGUGCUCUCGCGUCCGUUCCUGGACUGUGUUGGAAAAUAAUCCAAAUAUAUUCAAGUUGGCAAGUCAUGUACGUGCUAGUUGUCUAG